AUGGAUAUCUCCUGCAAUGUGACCUCAAUAGAGACUCAGACGGGGAUAAACUCCAGCAUCUACCACCAGGUUAAGAUGGUCAGCAUGUGUGUGAGCUGCACCGUGAACACGGCACUCAGUGUUCCUCUGCUCCUGGUCAUCACUCGCUCCCCGUCCCUCCUGAGACACACUCGCUUCCUGCUCCUCACACACCUCCUCUUGUGUGAAAACCUCCAGCAGCUCCUCUGGACAAUCAAAGCCAUUCUCUUAAGAUCCAGGGAAGCUAUGCCUCUGACCCAGUGUAUGAUCUUCUGUUCUGCUAUCCAGGCCUGCUCUUUGGUGAACCUCUUCCUGACCACAGCUCUGUCUGCUGACCGCUUUGUCGCUGUCAAGUGGCCCCUGCGCUAUGAAUUCUUGAUGUGUCCUCAAAGGAAAAGAGCAACGGUUGCAGCCAUAUGGACACUAUCGGCUGUGCUCAGCAGCGUGGCUUUGGGCAUCGGCCUCUACUCGGUCCAGAUCAAUUUCACCCUUCCCCGCUGUCGUCCUCUCAUCCUUACACCCUGCCUGUUGGGGACAUCGGCUCUGGUACUUUACAGCACGGUGGCGACUGCUGUUCUGGUGCCUCUCUGCUCGCUGACCAUCCUGGGAUGCUUCUGUCUGCUUUGCUGGGACAUGCGUGCAGGACCACUGUGCACCAAGAGAGGCUGCGUGACCCUGAGCCUCCAGGUAGCUCAGGUCAUCCUCUUUUCUGUUCCCAUGGUCAUGAACAGCUACCUGAUCCCUGGAUACCUGCACAGUGACGCUCUGGAUAUAGCAGCCACCAUCAUCUACAACCUCGGGGUGUCACUUAUCCCUCUUGUUUAUGGCUACCGCUCAAGGGAGCUGCAGCAAAGGAUACAACGAGCUGCACUCUGGAGCAAAGUCCACAACCAAAAUGUGUCAUAA